AUCAGCCGCAUGAAGGACGUCUACAUUGUGCAGUGCCUCAUGGAGACGGACCUGUACAAGCUGCUGAAGACGCAGAAGCUGAGCAAUGACCACAUCUGCUACUUCCUCUACCAGAUCCUCCGCGGCUUGAAGUACAUUCACUCCGCCAAUGUACUGCACCGAGACCUGAAACCGAGCAAUCUGCUGCUGAACACCACCUGUGACCUGAAGAUCUGCGACUUUGGGCUGGCUCGAGUCGCCGACCCUGACCACGAUCACACCGGCUUCCUCACCGAGUACGUCGCCACGCGAUGGUACCGAGCACCGGAGAUUAUGCUCAACAGUAAAGGCUACACUAAGUCGAUUGACAUUUGGUCGGUUGGCUGCAUUCUCGCCGAGAUGAUCUCAAAUCGACCACUCUUUCCGGGUCGUCACUAUCUGGAUCAGCUGAACCACAUUCUGAACAUUCUGGGCUCGCCCUCUGAGGAGGACCUGAGCUGCAUCAUGAACGUGAAGGCUCGCACCUACCUGCAGUCGCUGCAACAGAAGCCGAAACAGCCGUGGACCGUGCUGAUGCCUGACGCCGACCCGAACGCACUGGAUCUGCUUGACAAGAUGCUGACCUUCAAUCCGAACAAGCGCAUCACCGUGGAGGAGGCCCUCGCCCACCGCUACUUCAGCCAGUACUACGACCCGGCCGAUGAGCCAGUGGCCGAGGAGCCGUUCCGCUUUGAGAUGGAACUGGACGACCUGCCCCGGGAGAGGCUGAAGCAGCUGGUCUGGGAGGAGGCUGNUUUCACCGGCGACGGAAUGGCAUCGUCUGAGGAGGUGGUGGACAUCGCCAACGCUUGUCGACGAGAACCAGCGA